AUGCCACAGUCCUUUAGUUCUAUUGUAAAAAUGGGUGAUUACAUCCUCAAGUCACCUUCAUUGUCGAGAGUUGUGGUUCCAAUUGCUCAACAGUUUAUUAAAUACUCUGGUUACAGGCAGCUAGGUUUAAAAUUUGAUGAUUUAAUUUCUGAGGAGAAUGACAUUGCUCAAACAGCCAUUAGAAGGUUGCCAGAAGAUGAGUCAUAUUCAAGAGUUUUCAGAAUAAUUCAAGCUCAUCAAGCGGAAGUAACCCAUCAUUUGCUCCCAACUCACAAGUGGACGAAGCCAGAGGAAGACAAACCAUAUUUAUUACCAUACUUAUUGGAAGCUGAAGCGGCAGUUAAGGAGAAGGAGGAGUUGGAUCAUCUAGAACUUAAGAACUGA